AUGCGCGCACGCGCACACCAACCCACGAGGAUACACCACCGUGUCGUUACCGAGGGUGGGCAAAGACUGCAGGAGUGGGAGAAAGCAAAGAAAAAGGACGAUCGUGGGGUGAGUGGGUGGGGGGCUGCCAGAAAAAAACGUGGUUAAGGGGGCGGGGCUUGUGUGCCCGACAGAGAGGAGCGUCCACGCAUUCCUCAGAGUCACUUUUUAGAAACACGCAUAAAAAAACGAGGGGAAGAGAAAUCGACGACUGCCAUGAACGGUCUUCGGCACGGAUCUCAUUUACUACACGCGUGUCCGCGCGCGUCAAGCAGCCCCACGCCCGGAUCUGCCGCGUGCGCCAUCCACACGCAACUGCGAGGCGCGCUAGCUGUGCGCACACGCCAACACGACGGCAGCCUGCCAGCCUCCCUUUCCCUCCUCCGGCCUUUCCCUCCGGCUGCUGACCCCCGGCCGGCCCUGCCGAGCUCCGCGCCCCGCCCAGGCCCCGCCGGCCCCCGCGGCGCCUCCCACACCCACCCGGGUUCGCGCCGUACGAAGCUGCUUUCCGACGCUCGGCAAGGGAAGCGCGCCAAGGUCGGGACCACCGAUCGGGCCCGGAACCGCGUGGCAAGCAGCGAGGACGGGUAG